AUGGACGCAAUUGCAGCCGCUCCCAGAACCAUCCUUCUGGGAACCUGCUGCCUACUAUACUUUGUGGUAUACCCGAUCAUUGUGUACUUUCAUGAUGCCAAAGGACUGCGCAAAUUCCCCAAUAUGCAUCCGCUAUCUGGCAUCAGUUCGAUUCCGUUCAUGAUAGUCGCGCAUGGAGGAGCCCGAUCGACCUAUCUCUCUCAACUUCACAAGAAACACGCAGUCAUCCGGACCGGUCCAAAUACACUGUCAUACGCAGAUACACGAGCAAUCAGGGACAUUUAUGGCCACAGUACAAAGUGCACCAAGGACGCUCUCUACGCUCUGGCCGCCGGAUCGCACUUUCACCUGGCCGAUGUCAUCAACAAACCAGAUCAUGCACGCAAACGCAAGGUGCUGUCCUCGGCCUACGCGCUGAAAAACCUGGAGGGGUGGGAACACAAAGUCGCCGACACGACAGCGAGACUCAUUGCUCACUUUGACAAGUGUUGUACGGCUCCCAUGUCACAGGAGAGACGGAUUCCAGAUCCAGCGGACCUGAAGGUGGACUAUCGAGCGUGGACAAACUUCUUCACCAUCGACGCCAUCGCCGACAUUGGCUUGUCUGAAAAGUUUGGGCUUCUUGACGCGGGCCACGACAGAGUGAUCGGCCGCAGGACCAACGGCACCACAUACCAAUGCAACUUCCGAGACUGCUUGGACCAAACCGGUCGCAAGCAAUCCCUACUGAUCUGGCCAUAUGAGUGGUACCCAUUGAUCAACAAGAUCGCCAACGUGAUCCCCUUCUAUGGCAGGAUGGGCAAGUUCGCGACCGACUGGGACGGGAUUCCGCUGGAGCUAGCACACCGGCGCCUGGAACGGUACCGUGCCGGAGAACAAUUGGACGAUUUCUUCCAAGCACUCAUGGAAGAUAAGAACGGCAAGCCGAACAACCUCGAAUGGGGCGAGAUCGUGGCCGAGAUCAGCAUCAUGAUGAAUGCCGGCAGCGCCACCACGGCUAUUGCCAUGGCGAACGUCAUGUACCAACUCCUCAAGAACCCCAAGGUGAUGAAAAUCCUGGUCAACGAGCUCGACGCUGCUCUGGGCGACGACGAUGACGACGACGAGCCAAGCCAGACCGUGGUUGUGCCCUAUGACCGAGUCAAACAUCUCCCAUACCUGCGCGCCUGUCUGGAUGAAUCACUGCGUUUGGCUCCUCCCAACACCCAGUCGCUCUCGCGUGAAACUCCGCCUGGAGGCACGGACAUCAUGGGAGACUAUGUCGCCGGAGGGGUCACUGUCGGCAUAUCGGCCCUGGUCGCGCACCGAAUCGAGUCGGUCUUCCCCCAAGCCGACCAGUUCAUCCCUGAAAGGUGGCUCGGCGAGGAAGGCAAGAAUCUCCAGCCGUAUUUCCUCGCCUUCUCAACCGGCGCGCGUGGUUGCAUCGGCCGCAAUAUUUCCUACUUGGAACAGACGGUCUUGUUGGCGUCUGUGCUGCGCCGCUAUGAAUUUGCUCUGCCUCAUCCCCAGUGGGAGAUUCAGAGGUUGGAGACCAUGAAUUGGCUGUUGGGUGAGAUGCCCGUCAAGGUCUGGAAGAGAAAACGCCCUCGGAUAUAA